ACUUCGACCCCUCCGCAGCUGGCUACACACAUAAACCCCCGUCCUCCCGCGACAGGAAAGGCCGCUCUGCACGGCACUCUUCGGGCUGCUCAUCAUCAGGCUCUCGCGCUGUUCUAUUAUCAAGCUUUAUCGGGUCUCGAGAAUGGUUAUGAUCAUAUAGCGACUCAAGCAAGUCCCCUCUGUUUUGUUUAGCCGCACUGCAUAUCGUAUCUUGCAACCUCCAUGACCGACGAAGACGGCAGAAUAGAGGCCCAAGAGGCUAUCAAUACACCGCAAGCUGCUCAGGCUCUAUCGCGGCCUACCUCACCACAAGCGCCGCAGCCCGCGCCUUUUACAUCACUACGCUCGAGGCGCUUCGAUGCAUCUGUCCCGCGGCGCAAGACUCUGACGGGCCGCGCGCUCCUGGCACAAGACUCGAGCGACGAAGAGGAUGUUCGUCCUUUGUCUGUGCAAAUACCAUCGAAACCUAGCGAAUUUGGCGCGUCGAGGGCGAUGUAUAACAGAAGGUCUCUGUCGCGCGAUAUGUUGGAUCGCACGUCAGAUAUAGACAUCGCAUCGCCUGCUCCUCCCUCUCGAUCGAUGAGUUUUGCUGAGGUCAUGUCGCGUCUCGAGCAGGAAGACGCGCCACGCCCAGAAACGGACACAAUGCCACCGCCGACCGUCUCCCUCCAUGCUCCCAUGUCUCCGGCUCCGAGCACCAAUGGAACCUCCUCAAUCAAUCUUAACAAUUCUCACAGGCGCAACUUGAGCUCAAGUUCAGCUGCAGCGCGGCAACUGGCUCGAUUGUCUGCUGAUUCCCCUCUCUGGUCGCCCGGUGCCAGUAUUGAAGACCUUUUCAGUAGUACUGCCUCACGCGACGACCUUGUCUUAUCCGAUCCGCAAGUGCUGCAGGACUACAAGAUUUUGCGCCGACGCCAGGCCAUCAUUCGUGAGCUCGUCACCACAGAGCUCGCAUUUUCCGAGGACAUGAAUAUUGUUGUGCAAGAAUUUCAAGAACAUGUCGACAGCUGCAGGGGCUUCAGUGCUGCAGAUUCGCAGCUCAUCUUUGGUUCUGUUGGCCCUGUUGCUGAAUUUGCCAAUGAUUUUAGCUACGAACUUGUAACGGCAGCAAACCCAAUUCUAUUUGAGGACGGCACAGACAUGCCUCGGUGGCAAGAAGCAGAUGGCACAACUCGGAUAGGCUCUACCUUUGCGAGUUUCCUCGGUCGCUUACAAAAAGUCUACAGCAACUACUGCUCUGGUCAUGAACGCGCUGCAUCACGCUUGCACGAAUUGCAAAAGGAUCCCGGCGUCGCUGCGUGGCUCGCAGAACGUCACCCUACAGACCGGGCUAGCUCGUGGGAUCUCGCAUCUCUCAUGAUUAAGCCCGUCCAGCGUGUGCUCAAGUACCCUUUGCUCUUGACGACUCUACUCGAAGCAACGCCGAAACAUCACGAAGAUCAUUGGUUCAUUGAGCUGGCUCUCAAGGACAUGCUCACUGCAGCAGAGAUGAUCAACAAGAUGCAGAAACGGAUAAGUCUUGUCGGUUCAGCGGAGCGCAAGGCACCGUUUGAUCUUCAAUCAGGACUGGCCAAGAGUAUUGCACGUAGGGCAGCAAAAGUGAAACAGAGUGCUGGACUCGAGCCUGUUCCUGAAAGCGAUUCCGUUUACGACCGACUGCACGAGUCUUUCAAGCUACAGCGGUCACUUCUCCAUUCCCUCAGGGCAGAAGUCACUGAAUGGCUUCAGGCAAUGAGGCAAUCGCUUCAAUAUCAUGCUGCAUUCGCCGCUGCGCUACAUGACUUUGAAACUUGCGAUCGACGUACUACUUAUGAUGGCGCUCCGAGCUGGGGUCGUUAUAGAGUUGCCAUCAGUGACUUGCAAAGCCGUACGCUCAUUGAGCUGACACACGGACUCGAACGCGAAGUUUUUCAACCGCUUUCGCUGAUUGAAAAGGCAUAUGCUUCUCCUGCUGCUGUUAUGCGCACUCGCGAUGACCAACAUCAGGAAGCGCAUCGCUUGCGAGUCAAGCUGCUGAGCAGUACAGCACCAGAUGCAGAACUCAGCAGGCAUUAUGAAGGAAUUGUCGAGCGAUACAACGCACUCAACUCUUCACUCAUUUUGGAAUUGCCGCAGUUCCUCACUUGUACAAAGCGAGCAGUGAAGUGUGUCAUCUACGGGUUGACCAAGAUACAGAGUUCAUGGUACGGCAGUUGGGUUGAACAGUUGGUAUUGCUCUUUGAGCCGGGUGCGGAUGUGUUUAGCAUACGCGAGCCCUUCAGGGAGCGAUUCGCUCUGAUUCUCUCUCUGGCAAAGGAGCUAUCGCUCACGGCGGGUGCCGAUCAACGAUACAUGGAUAGACGGGGAAGCUUCGCACGUACCAGGCCUGUUCCAACGAGCAAUUGGCCAUCACGUCGCAUCAGCAUGGUCAACACACAACCUCCGCCGAGCUCCUCUAUGGCAAAUGCUCGUCUGUCGUCAGAUUCCUCGACUGAUGCAGCGAGUCUCUCCUCUUUGGGGUACCCUGCAGGUGGCAGCAUCAGCGGUUCAGUCUUGGGUCGUGUUCCUAGUGGACAAGCCAGCAGUGUCAGCAGUGUGACAACCACUGGCAACGCGUUGCCUUCUCAUGUUCGUUCAGGGAGCAUGAACCUAGCACAUCCGGGAGGCUCGACUGGACAUUUGCCCUAUGCCGGUGCUGGCACCGCUGGAUCCCGCAUGUCCUCUCGCCCAAGCUCAAACCGCAAUUCAUAUGUAAGCGGACACGGCGGAAGCAGUUUGCACAGCGUUCAUCCAUAGCUUGACAUGUAAAGUAAGCCUUAGACUGUGCACGCUGCACAAAGCCUGACACUGCUGGUGCCGGGCUCUAUUCAGAUGGGACUCUCGGAGGUCGGCCGAU